AUGGCAGAAACUAUACAACGAAAAGCUUUAGGGAGGGCUGCAGUUAUUGGAUCCCUGUACGAUGCUACGAAAGAUACCUUUUGUAAAACUUCAAUAUUGAAGACUGAGCUACCUUCUAAUUCUAUAAAUCAAGUGGAAAUACCUAAUUCUAAAGUAAUGUCUGAUUAUGAAGAAUCAUAUAUGACCAAAUUUGAUAACUUCGAAGUUGAGCCUCAAUUAAAAAUAAGUGUUCUUUUAGGUUUAGUUGCAUUAGAUGGAUCUGGAAAGUAUCUAGUUGACAUAAAAAAUAGUUCUAAAUCUGUAAAAGGUACAUUAGGAUACAAAAUGACAACGGUUGAAGAAAAUCUGGAUAUUUAUCGUGAAAACAUUAAAGCAUGCAUUUCAACAGAUGCUUUUAAUAUGCCAGAAGCUACACAUGUAGUAAUAGGCAUAAAGUGGGGGGCUGCCAUUAUGGCAUCAUUUGAACAUGAGGAUACAAAUAAAGAUAACAAAUCUCAAGUAUGUGGAGAAUUGAAAACUAAUAUUAAAAAAAUUUCGUUAUCAAUUUCUGCAGGUACACAUAUAGGUGUUGAUAAGGGAUCAUAUAAUAACACUACCCGAUUUUCAAUAAAGAUAUUAGGAGACGUUAUUCCUCAUAAGAUUACUCAGUCCUUUGAAGAUGCCAGAGAACUUUUGUCAAAUCUUCCAUCAUAUAUUAAAACAUAUAAUGGUGGAAAAGGAGUUCCUAUAGAAUAUACUCUUUAUCCAUUAUCAAAACUCUCUAAAAUAUUAUCGCAAAAUUCUUCAGUCAAUCGUAUGAUAAUAGAUUUAGGUGAAGAAACUAUUCUAAGAGUUGAUCAAAUUUUUAUUGAUCUAUUCAAAUCUAAGCAAAGACUUAAUGAUUUUUAUGAUGAUGUGAAACUUAUCUCUCAAUUCAUUCCUGAUGAGCUGUUUAAUAAGAUUAAUAACCACGUACAAAAAGUUAGAUUAGAGGAGGCGAAAUUCAGAC